AUGACGCUUGCUCUUCGCUCUCCGGAAAUGGUAUCAAAUGUGGUGGCAGUUGACAAUGCCCCUGUUGAUGUUUCAUUAGAUGGCGACUUCGUCAAAUACAUCAGGGGAAUGAAGAUGAUUCAAGGUGCCAAAAUUUCUCGCCAAGCCGAGGCCGACGCAAUUUUACAGAAUUUCGAAGAGUCUGUGCCCAUCCGACAGUUUCUCCUCGGAAAUCUAUACAGAGUCCCUGGAGAGAAUGUGCAGCGGUUUCGUAUUCCUUUGGAUAUUCUAGGAAAAUCGCUUGCCCAUUUAGGGGACUUCCCCUACAAGAAUACCCAGGAACGGAGGUUCAAGAGACCGGCUCUUUUUGUCCGAGGAACGAAAAGUCGUUAUGUCGCGGAUGAUGUGCUGCCUGCGAUCGGAGAAUUCUUUCCUCGUUUCCGUCUCGUAGACAUCGAUGCAGGUCACUGGCUAAUAUCUGAACAACCCGAAGCAUUUCGGCAAGGUGAGAAUGUGAUUCUGUCAACUUAG